AUGUCUUCCUCUACCAAAAUGCAUGACGUAUUUCUUAGCUUUAGAGGAGAGGACAUCCGUACCACCUUCGUUAGCCAUCUUCACAAUGCUCUGAAUAAGGUCAAACUAAUCAGAACAUUCAUAGAUUAUAAUCUUCAAAGAGGAGAAGAUGUUUGGCCAAAGCUUUCCCAAGCAAUCGAGGACUCGCAUAUAUCGGUUGUUAUUUUCUCAGAAAAUUAUGCUACCUCGAAAUGGUGCUUGGAAGAACUCGACAAAAUACUCCAAUGGAGAAAAUGUCAUGGUCAAGUUGUUUUACCUGUUUUCUAUCACACGGAUCCAUCACACGUCAGGCAACAGAAGGGUAGUUACGAGAUAGCAUUCGCCAAACAUGAGCGAGAUUUUGGGGACAAAGACAGGGAAUCCAACAAACAAAGAGUACAUAGGUGGAGAACUGCUCUCACUGAAGCAGCCAAUAUAUCUGGAUGGGACUCACGAAACUAUAUGGAAGAGCCUCAACUCAUCGAGAACAUUGUCAAUGAUGUAUUGCAAAAACUGGAAUUGAGGAAACCUAGAGAACUGAAAGGCAUUGUAAUUGAAAAAAAUUGUAGCAAUGUUGAAUCAUUAAUGAAAAUAAUUCGAAAAAUUGGAAUUUGGGGCAUGGGCGGGGUAGGUAAGACGACCAUUGCUAAAGUCUUGUUUGCCAAACUCUUUCCCCAAUAUGACAAUAUCUGCUUUGUGGACAAUGCAAGAGAAUUUUCCCCUAGUAAGCUUCACUUUGAGCUAUUCAAGGAAGAAAUUUCCUCAUCUAAUGUUGUAGGAUCCUCAUUCAACAUGAGGAGGCUCACUGGCAAAAAAGUUUUCAUAGUACUUGAUGACAUGGAUAAUUUAGACCAAAUUGAAUAUUUGUGUAAAGAGUACCGUUACUUAAGUCCCGAUAGUAGACUCAUUAUAACAACAAGAGAUCGGCAAUUGCUUCAUGGAAGAGUUGAUUUCAUAUACGGGGUCGAGGAAUGGGAGCGUACAGAAUCUCUGAAGUUUUUUUGCUCAAAAGCCUUCAAACAAAGCAAACCCCAAAGUGGUUUUGAGGAUCUCUCAAAAAUGGCAGUUGAUUAUGCAGGGGGAGUUCCAUUAGCUCUUGAAGUUUUGGGUUCAUAUCUUCAUUUGAAAAGUGCUAAAUUUUGGAAAAGUACUCUCAGAAAACUCAACGAUUAUCCUGAUAAGAAAAUUCAAAGCGUGUUAAGAGUGAGCUAUGAUGAUGGAUUAGAUGCUCUACAGAAGAAGAUUUUUCGAGACAUAGCAUUUUUUUUCCAAGGAAAAGAGAAAGAUCAUGUCCAAUCAAUUCUAGAUGCCUGUGGUUUCGAAGCAAGUAGCGGAUUAGAAGUCCUUGAAGACAAAGCUUUGAUAACUAUUUCACAUAGCAAUGGAAUACAAAUGCACAACUUGCUACAAAUAAUGGGUUUGGAAAUAGUACGCAAAGAAGAUGAAAAUAAUCCCGGAAGACGUAGCCGAUUGAGGGAUAGUGAAGCUCGUGAAGUAAUUGAGAAAAACAAGGGGACUGAUGCAAUUGAAGGCAUAACAUUAGAUUUGUCUCAAAUUAAAGAUUUGCGUUUGCCUAUUGACACAUUCACAAAGAUGGAAGCCUUAAGAUUUCUUAAAUUAUAUAUUCCUUCGGGUCAGAUACGUUCUAAUAAUACAUACAUCGACCUUCCUACAGUUCUUAAGCCAUUUUCUGACAAACUGAGGUAUGUUGAGUGGACUGGAUACCCAUUUGAGUCUCUUCCAUCACCUUUUCGUGCUAAUUUGCUUGUGGAGAUUCGCAUGCCGCACAGUAAUGUUAAACAACUUUGGCAGGGGACACAGGAACUUGAUAAUUUGGAGGGAAUUGACCUAAGUGAAUGCAAACAGUUUUUAUUCCUUCCGGAUUUGUCUAAGGCUUCAAGACUUAAAUGGGUGAAUCUCUCCGGUUGUGAGAGUUUGUGUGAUCUUCAUGAUUCUGUUUUAUCGGCCGAUACACUUGUUACUUUGUUACUGGAUAAGUGUACAAGGCUAUAUAGUGUUAAAGGCAAGAAGCAUUUAAAGUCUCUGGAGACAAUCAGUGUCAAUGGCUGCUUAAGUCUGAAGGAAUUUGCAGUGUCUUCGGAAUUACUAGAGAACUUGGAUCUAAGCAAUACAGGAAUCCAAAGACUGGACACAUCAAUUGGGCUUUCAAAGAAUCUUAAAUGGCUAAACCUAGAGGGUUUAAGACUCGGGCAUCUUCCAACGGAGUUAUCUUGCUUGAAAUGUCUUAGGGAGCUGAAGCUUUCUGACAGUGGACUGGUAAUUGACAAACAGAAGCUACAUCAUCUGUUUGAUGGCUUACGAUCUCUACAAAUACUACAUUUGAAGGGUUGUAUUAAUAACUUAUUUGAAAUCCCUGACAACAUCAAGUUCUUGUCAGAAUUACAGGAAUUAAGGCUAGAUGGAAGCAAUGUGAUAAGCUUGCCUGAAAGCAUGAAGGAUCUUCAAGAGCUUGAAAUUCUGUCCUUGGAUAAUUGCAGGGAGCUUCCGUGCCUACCAGAGCUUCCACCCCUCAUCAAACAGUUAUAUGCCGUUAACUGCAAGUCAUUGGUGUUCGUGUCAAAUUUAAAGACUUUGGCAAAAAAGAUGUUAGGAAAGACCAAACACAUUUCUUUCAAGAACAGCUUGAAAUUGGAUGGACAUUCACUCAAAUGUAUUGUGGAAAACCUCCAUUUAACAAUGAUGAGUGCAGCAUUGGACAAUGUCAUAGUAAGAACAUUUCGGGUGGACGUCCACAGAUUCAACUAUAACAGUGUUGAGGUUUGUUUACCAGGAAGCAGUGUCCCAAGGCAGGUCAAUAAUACAACAACAGAGUCAUCCAUUACCAUCAAUCUUCCUCACCGUUCCAACUUGCAGGGCUUCAUUUACUCUGUGGUUCUUUCUCCAGCCCAUGGAAUGAAGAAGCAUGGCGCUAAAAUAAGAUGUGAAUGCGCCAUGGCAGAAGGUACAAAGGUUACAUGGUUAAAGACUGAUAUCACGGAAUUGAAGUCGGAUCAUGUUUAUGUAUGGUAUGAUCCAUUCCAUUGUGACAGUAUUCUCAAUUCUAAUGAACCAAAAGUUCGUUUUAACUUCCGAGUUGCAAAUGAUAAGGGGGAAGUUGAUGGUUCCAUCCGUGUUAAAGAGUGUGGGGUACACCUCAUAAGUGUUUCAGAAUUGCUCAGUGUUUUACCGGAACUGGACUUGGAUUCAGAUAAGAAAAUGGACUUGCAGAAGGGAUUGGAGAAAGAAUCAGGAAGUAGCUUAACCUUAACAUCCAAGAUCUGA